GCCGCUGCUCCUCUCGGUCGCUCUGCGUUGCUGCUUGGCUCACUCCUACCGCUGCCGCCAUGCCCAUGAAAGGCUGCUUUCCCAUCCGCGGCACCCUGCAGUACCUGAGCCAGGGGGAUGUCGUGUUCAAGAACUCCGUGAAGGUCAUGACGGUGAAUUACAACACACACGGGGAGCUGGGCGAGGGCACCAGGAAAUUUGUAUUUUUCAACAUACCUCAGAUCCAGUACAAAAACCCUUGGGUGCAGGUCAUCAUGUUCAAGAACAUGACGCCAUCACCCUUUCUGCGCUUCUACUUAGCGAAGGCCAAACAUCUAUGUGGUUAUGAGACUCAGAGGAAGCAUAGUUGGGAAAUGCUUCAGGAAGCAAAGUGACUGUUUUCUUUCAUCCAUUCAGAAAACAUGUCCUCGGGCCAAACCCAGUUCUAGGGAUGUCAGGGAGCCAUACAGACCAGAUCUCUGCCCUCGAGGAGCGUAUAGUCCAGCAGUUCUGAGAAUAAACAAGAAAUUUACUACGUUAGAAAAUUAGCACUGUGAACUGGAUGUCUACAUGUAAAAGACUGAAACUGGACCCACACCUUUCCCCAUUCACAAAAAUUGAUUCAAGAUGGAUAAAGGACUUAAAUUUAAGGCAUGAAACAAUAAAAAUCCUCCAAGAAAGCAUAGGAAAAACACUGGAAGAUAUUGGCCUGGGGAAAGACUUCAUGAAGAAGACUGCCAUGGCAAUUGCAACAACAACAAAAAUAAACAAAUGGGACUUCAUUAAACUGAAAAGCUUCUGUACAGCUAAGGAGACAAUAACCAAAGCAAAGAGACAACCUACACAAUGGGAAAGGAUAUUUGCAUAUUUUCAAUCAGACAAAAGCUUGAUAACUAGGAUCUAUAGAGAACUCAAAUUAAUCCACAUGAAAAAAGCCAACAAUCCUGUAUAUCAAUGGGCAAGAGACAUGAAUAGAACUUUCUCUAAAGAUGACAGACAAAUGGCUGACAAACACAUGAAAAAAUGAUCAUCAUCUCUAUAUAUUAGAGAAAUGCAAAUCAAAACAACCCUGAGAUAUCAUCUAACCCCAGUGAGAAUGGCCCACAUCACAAAAUCUCAAAACUGCAGAUGCUGGCGUGGAUGUGGAGAGAAGGGAACACUUUUACACUGCUGGUGGGACUGCAAACUAGUACAACCUUUCUGGAAGGAAGUAUGGAGAAACCUCAAAGCACUCAA